GGUGGAAAGAAACGGUAGUGUGAGAAGUGAGUCGGGACUUGACACGGAUUCUGUGAUUUGACUCUGACGAGAUCCGCAGUCUAGUUUUCAGGAUGUAAGGACACUGCCCACGUUAAAGGACAUAAAACUGUCUUUCUGGGAGCAGCUGGAGAACUAAUUGCGGGUAUUCCUCGAGGCGUAGCUCCACGCUCGGCGCAGCCCCACCGCUGGCCCCGACAUCACUGGAACAACUUGGGACAGAGGCAGGGCUAAGCCCACAGCAGCUAACUCCAGAUCCUGUCACCUGAUCACAACUGAUGCAAACUCACUCAGAAGCAAAGAUUUAUACUUGAAGAUCUGCAGGACAGCAGAGUAAAGAUGUCUAUCACAAAUACACCGACCAGCAACGACGCUUGCCUCAGCAUCGUGCACAGCCUGAUGUGCCACAGGCAGGGUGGCGAGAGCGAGACUUUUGCCAAACGAGCCAUCGAGAGCCUGGUGAAAAAACUCAAGGAGAAAAAAGAUGAGCUUGACUCACUCAUCACAGCUAUCACCACCAAUGGCGCCCAUCCCAGCAAAUGUGUUACCAUUCAGAGGACUCUGGAUGGACGUCUUCAGGUUGCUGGACGUAAAGGUUUCCCUCAUGUCAUCUACGCUAGGCUGUGGCGGUGGCCCGAUUUACAUAAAAAUGAACUGAAACAUGUGAAAUACUGUCAGUUUGCCUUCGAUCUCAAGUGUGACAGUGUAUGUGUCAACCCCUAUCACUAUGAGAGAGUGGUGUCUCCUGGCAUAGACUUAUCAGGACUGACACUAACCACUGGUCCCAGCUCAGCACUGAUGGUAAAGGAUGAGUAUGAUUUCGAUGGACCGCAGAAUCUCCCCCCCGUUGAGGGUGGGCACUCUAUUCAGACCAUCCAGCAUCCCCCCUCUGGCAGUCGGCCAGCCCCUUCAGAGGCAUUCACAGCCCCCAACCUGCUCCCACCCGCUGAGGCCUCCACCUCCGCCUCAACGGCAUCCUUCCCUGCCAUUGCCGCUGGAUCUGGCAGUGCCGCACCCACUUGGUCGAGAAACAGCAGCUUCACCCCCAGCAUACCUCACCACACUAACGGCCAUCUACAGCACCACCCUCCAAUGCCACAUCCAGGACACUACUGGCCAGUGCAUAACGAACUGGCCUUUCAGCCUCCUAUAUCUAAUCAUCCAGCUCCUGACUACUGGUGCUCCAUUGCCUAUUUUGAGAUGGAUGUUCAAGUUGGUGAAACAUUCAAAGUGCCCUCCUCGUGCCCGAUUGUGACCGUGGACGGUUAUGUCGAUCCUUCAGGAGGAGAUCGGUUCUGUUUGGGCCAGCUCAGUAAUGUCCACCGCACGGAGGCUAUUGAGAGAGCAAGGCUUCACAUUGGAAAAGGAGUCCAGCUGGAGUGUAAGGGUGAAGGGGAUGUGUGGGUCCGGUGCCUCAGUGACCACGCUGUGUUUGUUCAGAGUUAUUAUCUGGACAGAGAAGCGGGCCGAGCCCCUGGAGAUGCUGUUCACAAAAUCUACCCCAGUGCUUAUAUCAAAGUGUUUGACCUUCGUCAGUGCCACAGACAGAUGCAACAACAGGCUGCAACAGCUCAAGCAGCAGCAGCCGCCCAAGCAGCUGCCGUGGCCGGGAAUAUACCUGGACCUGGUUCCGUGGGAGGGAUAGCGCCGGCUAUCAGUCUGUCAGCAGCAGCCGGCAUCGGUGUGGACGACCUGCGGAGGCUGUGUAUUCUCAGGAUGAGUUUUGUUAAAGGCUGGGGUCCCGACUACCCCCGACAGAGCAUCAAAGAGACACCCUGCUGGAUCGAGAUCCACCUGCACAGAGCUCUACAGUUACUAGAUGAAGUUCUGCACACUAUGCCCAUAGCAGACCCACAACCUCUGGACUGAGAGCCCUUUGUGUUGAACCAAGUUGCACCAUCACAGUGCACUGACAGUGACUAUAGGACAUCCUCUGUUGAGGGGAAAUCUGAUCCAGCGAAGCCUUCUCCUGUUAAAAACACUUUCAGGUAUGUUUGAGGCACCUUGCACUGUUGCCCUUACUUUUGCUUAUAAAGCAGAAUUAACACUAGAAUGAGCCAAAGCCAUGUAUCCAACCUCAUCGUAUGUUGGAUAUACGGCUUUGAUUUGUGAUGACUGGAACACAAGACUAGACAAGAAUGUUACAAAUGAACUGCAGUUACAAAGCACCACGACAUGCAGAGGGAUGACCCGUAGAACUUAUGAAACUGGAAUGUUUUUAGACUACUCAGCUUCUUUGGAGUCCGCAACCAACAACUACUGAUGAGACUAAGACAGCUGCACAGAGUCCAUGGUGUCCUGUUUGGUGCACUGCUGCUUCCUUCAUGUUGUUACAGAUUUCUUCACAUCUUCAGACUAAAGGCGAGUUCAGUCGGGUUGUAUAGACAACCUUUGAUGUGCGAGGAUCACUGUUGGACAUGAGCCGCCGGACAAAGCAGGCAUCAACUGAGCUGUUUCAGGUCCAACCAGAAAUGGAGCCACAGCGUUCCAUAAAUGUAGAGAAGGACACGACAUACACCAGGCCUGGACAGCCAACGGACUUCUAUUGCACUCAGAUUUUGCUAAACUAUAAAACAAUCACUGAUGGCUCAUGCUGGUGGGUGCACCAGUAAUGAAUUACAUGUGACAAUUCUCUGUUAAACAGGUUUGUUUAGAGGUUUUGGACACUAAUACACAACAACUCGCAGCUUCACAGAUGCAGGCAAAGCAGUUACGUAAUCUAUCUUUAAUGCAUUUAUAGAUUAUUUCCGACUAUAAAACUGCAGAUAUUCUCUCAGAUUGACCAUCUAUCAUUGGUCACCUUCUGCUGUGGUCAUCUCCCAUCUGUUUCAGGUAUGUUCAGGUUAUUAUUUUGGAAAACGCCCUUUUUUUAUGCUGCCACAAAGGAUCAAUCUCAUACAUCUGUAGUAAACUCCCUGCCUUUUCACAGUUUUCACACAAAACAAACAGCUGGGAUGUUUCAGUUACAUAAGAGUAAGUUAAAAAAAUCAAAUAGGAGGCAGCAGUUGACGUUAGAUGUGUGAGAUUUGAUCACAGUACAACAAACAGGGUAAAUCAAUGCCUUAGUCUGGGUCAAACCAAAAUAGUGAUUGUUCUGAAACAGUCAGCAAGUAAUGUUGAUUAGAAGGUUUGGUUGAUUAACAUUUUAUAUUAAUUUUCUAAUUUCAGAUUUUGUUUGAAUAUAUCUCAAAUCAUACCAGACUUUCCUACACAGUGGUAAAGAAUCGGAGUACUUCAGUGUGUUCUGAUUCACACCCCAUUUGUAACCUAUUGAUCCAGGUCUGAUGUGUAGAGUUUACUGACAAAGAUGAGAGAAUUUAAGACAGCUUUUCAGCAAUAUUGGUAUAUUUUCUCAGUUUUAUUUUUGUUACUUUUAUCAAGUGAUUUGUAUUAUAUUUUUAGCACUUUACUUGGUUUUUGGUUUCUGUUAAUAACCCUGUUUUUUUUUUGUUUUGUUUUUUUGUUUUUUUUGGUGUUUCUGCAGUAAGUAUAAGAGAGUGAUUAGGUUGGUUUAUAUUUUCUGUAGAGCAGUGAUGCAUUUGUUUUUAGAGAACACAUGUAACACUAAGACACCUUUAUAAACAUUUUUUUGCCCUUUCACUAUUGAGACAUUUACACACCUGUAGGCUAACCUCUGGCUAUUCUGAGAUACAAUCUUUUGCAUUGUGAUUUGCAGAUUUUUUUUUUCCUUUUUAAUCCAUGUAAAUAAUUUUGUUGUGAAAUGCAUGUUGAUGUUUGCAUGAGUUUUAAUCGAAACAGAUCCCUCCAUGCUUAGCUUCUUUUUAAAAACCAGCACGUUUCGUCAUUACAAGGAAACUGAACUGAGUGGUUUGUGACGACAGUAUAUGAGGUGCACUGAGGCCACACAGUUAUAACUGAGACAUUAUGCAACAUAUUUAUGUUCAGUUAAAAUAUGCAGCAGCUAAACUCUUUAAGACAUGAUUUUGGAGACUUAAAGGUUUGGAUUGAAUCAAAGUUCUGUAAAACAUUGUAUAAAUACAGAAUUAUCAGUUAUUAGUGUGCAGCUUCUCUGGCGUGCACUUUAAAGUCAGUACAAGCAUGUUACUGUCCUUCCUGCAUUGGCUGAAAGGGGUUGAAACCCAAAGAAAUCAUUUGAUUUCAACACGAGUUCCUUCCACUCAUUUGCCCUGAGCUGUAUGUGAUGCAUUCUAUUUCACUGUUUUUAAAGGCAUUUGUUAUAGAUGAAACUAAGUAAUUAAGAACAAACAUUUAUUUACUCCUCUACUAGUAAGACCCACAAACGUCUGCACAUGCAAGGUUUGUUUUGUCAUCAGACUGCUAUGUGUUUGUUAUAUUCCUCUGUUAACAUACACACUGUACAUGACAGUUUUUAUUUGAUUUAAUUUGUUUUAUUUGUUGUCAUCCCUUAACAUAUAAUGCUGUCUUUUGGGGUUAAACUAGAACACAACAGAGUUGUUAAAGUUUACUUUUUGUUGCAGGGAAUUACACAUUCUGCUUUCUAAUCGGUUACUUUUUAAAGACUAACAAUGGGCUCCUUUGUACACGUUACUGUUCUUAUUUGACCCCAAGAAAGCAGUUUUAUCCUGCAGAAAUUAAGAGCUCAACAUCUGGCAUUAUUAACACAAUUAGACAGGAAACGGGAUAUUUUGUUAUUACGUUACUGAAAGAACUGAUGAAAUCUGUAUGCAGAAAUGACCUGUUAUUAUCCAUUGUGCUUUAAGGUGGACAAAUGUUUUCUAUAUUACUUGCUGAUAUGACAGGAGCCUAAGACAUCGCUCAAUGGGCUGCUGUUGACUACUAUGACAGAUUGCAGAUAUAAAAUGUACCUGUAUUUCUUAUGUGAGAGUCUAUAAUUAAACAUGGCUUGAUAUUCUAUAACUGG